AUGAAGAAACAAGCUCUAUUAUCUCAGAAUACAUUGUCGUAUCAAACGACUAAUGGAGUUCUACUAAGUAUUGAUGAUUAUCAUCAAGUGGCAAAAAAAAAAUUGCCAAAAAUGGUGUAUGAUUAUUAUCGAAGCGGUGCAGAUGAUGAAAUAACGCUGAAUGAAAAUGAAAAUGCUUAUAGACGAAUAAAAUUGAAACCGUCGGUAUUCGUUGAUGUUUCCAUCCAUGAAACAGAUGAAAAUAGUUGUAAAACACAUGUUCUUCAUGGAAAAUCUGAAAUUUCAUUUCCUGUUAUUAUUGCUCCUACGGCCAUGCAGCGAAUGGCAACUGAUCUUGGUGAGAAAGCCACAGCACGAGCCGCUGUCAGAGCGAAUACAAUAAUGAUUCUUAGCACAUUAGCAACAACAAAACUUGAAGAUGUAGCAAUUGAGCAUAAGAAAGCAUUGACUGAACAUCCCGGUAGUAUUUCACAAUUGUGGUAUCAAUUAUACAUACUAAAAGAUCGUGAAUUUACAAAAAAUUUGGUACAACGCGCUGAACAAUCAGGAUAUAAAGCUAUCGUAGUUACUGUUGAUGCUCCUCGUUUGGGUAAUCGAGAAGCCGAUCGUCGAAAUACAUUUCGUUUACCUGAAAAUAUGCAAAUGGAAAAUUUACUUGAUCCAUUGAAAGAAGUGAAAAAUACCGACACUAAAGUAUCAGCUCUUAACGAUUAUUUUGUUCGACAAGUGGACGCCUCUUUAACUUGGAAAGAUAUUACCUGGUUACGAAGCAUUACUAAAUUACCAAUUAUUGUGAAAGGUAUAAUAAAGAAAGAAGAUGCAUUAUUAGCGAUCAGAGCAAAUGUUGAUGGAAUUGUUGUAUCAAAUCAUGGAGCUCGUCAACUCGAUACAACCAUUAGUACAAUAGAAUCAUUACCUGAAAUUGUUCAGGCUGUUCGAUCUAUUGAUAAAAAUAUUGAAAUCUAUAUUGAUGGUGGUAUUAGGCGUGGAACAGAUGUUUUAAAAGCUCUUGCAUUUGGUGCAAAUGCUGUAUUUGUUGGUAGACCAAUUAUUUGGGGUUUGACUGUCAAUGGUGAAGAAGGUGUAUUGAACGUAUUGAAUAUAUUAAAAAAAGAAUUUAAAUUAGCCAUGAUGUUAUGUGGUUGUCCUACAUUAGAUGACGUAAAUGAAAGUAUCUUGGCUAUUAAUAAUAAACAUACAAUCUCUAAAUUAUAA